UCUUUUCUUUCCUCCCCUACAGCUGCCACAACUACAGAUAUGCCCAGCCCCUCCACCUCUACUCCUACAGAUCCCACAAGCACGGACCCUGUUACAAGUACUCCAGGUCAAAAAAUUAUUUGUGGUGAUAUACUUUUUGAGUCCUCCGGAACAUUUCAGAGUCCUUCUUUGAAUUCUUCAGAUAACGCAGAUUGUUUGUGGCAAAUACAUGUAACAAACAAUUUCCGCAUUGCGCUCACAUUUGAUAACAUUCAGUUGCAAGGUGGAUGCCAGAAUGACUAUAUUGAGAUCUAUGAUGGGCCACCCAAAUCUUCUCCUUCACUUGGAAGAAUUUGUUCUAGCUCUCCUCUCACAUACACUUCAUCUUCAAACUUCAUGUCUGUCAGGUUUUACAGUGACUCCAGAUAUUCCAGUGGAAGUUUUCAGGCUCAGUAUCAGUCCUUUCCAGCAGACCAGAACACCACCCUUCUGUGCUUGCCAACCUACAUGCAUGCAGUGGUAGACAGACACUAUCUCCAGUCCCAGGGCUACUCAGUGGGGAGCAUCAGCCUGGCAGACUCUACAUGUAGACCAAAAAUUACAUCAACUGAGGUUAUAUUCGAUAUUUUAUACAGCGACUGUGGUACAUAUAGACAGGGCAACAACGAAAUGAUCACCUACUCCAACGUGAUAAAAGUGCCUGCUCCUGGUGGAGUCAUCAAGAGGCAAAAGGACCUCCACUUGCACAUCAGCUGCAAAAUGCUGCAGAACACCUGGGUUCAAGUGAUGUACAUUGCUGAUGAGGUCACCGAUGUCAACAAAACCCAGUAUGGCAGAUACGACGUGAACCUGACCUUCUACAACUCCUCAUCUUUCCAGUGGCCAGUGCAUGACUUCCCAUACUAUGUUGACAUGAAUCAGAAUUUGUUCCUCCAGGCUUCUCUUCACAGCUCUGACCAAAAUCUGACGGUGUUUGUGGACACAUGCGUGGCAUCGCCUAAUUCUAGUGAUUUUAGAACACUGGGCUAUGAAUUGACCAAAAGUGGGUGUGCUAGUGAUCCUACCUACUCUCUUUUCCCCUCGCCACGCAGCGAUGUCGCUCGGUUUGGGUUUAGCGCUUUCUCCUUCGUGAACCGAUUCCCAUCAGUUUUCCUGCAGUGUCAGCUGGUGGUGUGCAGGUACCACGACUACUCCUCCCGCUGCUAUCAAGGCUGUGUUAGCAGGCUCAAGAGGAAUGCAUAUUCUUCCCACAAACAAGUGAAUGUUGUUAUUGGACCAGUGCAGCUUCGGGAAGCUCACGCUGAGAACAGGAACAUUGAGCUGGCCUCUGACAUCCAGGCAAAAGGGAAGACUCUGAGCUCAGUUCCUGCUGGCAGCUCCCACAUUCCCCUGGCUGUGACCACCCUGGUGCUGCUAGCUGCUGUUCUCACAGCAGGAGGAUUUCUUUUGAAGAAGAAACUGCAGAAGGCCAUCCCAUACCAGAAAAUGUGAGAGGCAGCUCCAGACAUGGGGGUGGAAGGAUACUUUCACCAGCCACCUGCUUCAUUAUUUGGAUUUGCAAUCAGUGUGAAGGGCAACUCUUACUUGACUAUUCCACCAUUCAGACCAUGUCUGAAGAAUCAAGAUUACACCUGAUGUCACCAUGAACUGAAUUUAUAAAGCAAUCUGAUUUUAAAAUCUAGUCCAAAUACACCUCAGGUGUAAAGAAGGAUUAACCUUUCAUCCCAGCAUCCAAAAAAGCAUCUUCAGUGCUGGACAUUUCAAAGCUUUUCCACUGAACUCAUUGAGUGUCUGAGAAGACUGAAAUAGGUGACUUGAGAAAUGAGAACUGACUUAUUUGGCCCUUGCUGAUAUGCAGAUGAAACACUUGUGUUGCACCAUAAGAUACACUGAGAAGUAGUACAAGAAAAAUGUCUCUUUGCAGUAAAAAAAAUCUCAAUAAUGGGCCAUAAACAAAUAGGCUCAGGGGCUGCAGGUGAGGAAUUAUUGCUGUACAGCGUUCCUGACUUUGGGCAGUAUGGUUCUUCCAAAAUUCAUAUUUCUCUACGUAAAUGUAGGCCAUUUAUAAGAUUUUGUACAGAGAACGAAUAUAAUCUCAUUACAUAAAUGUGUAAUUAAAAAAAGAAGGAAAGAAAA